UUUCCUGCGUUGUUCAAUUAAAGCUGUUCAAAGCCCUGCCUUUUCAAUUAAGAUCAUGAGUGAUGCAGCAAUUGCUGCUAGACAAGUUCAUAUUUAACUCUGAGAUCAUUUGUUCAGGAUGGAAUAGCUUUCCAAAGCCCUAAGUGACUGAGUGACUCACACUCUCUGCCUUGUUAUAAUUCAGACAAUUCAGCAAAUUGCUCCAAGGCUUUAGUAUUAAUCACAAAUAAUCUUCCAGAGUCCAGGCUAUUAGUGGGAAGGCAUUAACAGCAAGACUCUGGAGUUACCACAGUGGAUGGACCAUGGAGAUUUAUGUCUCUGAGAUAACCAUCACUGUACUAGAUUUCAGGUCAGCUGUGUGAGUGAAGAUGUGUGACGAGGAAGAGACUACAGCUUUGGUGUGUGAUAAUGGCUCAGGCCUGGUGAAGGCUGGCUUCGCCGGUGAUGACGCUCCCCGAGCUGUAUUCCCCUCCAUCGUUGGUAGACCCCGCCACCAGGGUGUGAUGGUGGGUAUGGGUCAGAAGGACAGCUAUGUAGGGGAUGAGGCCCAGAGCAAGAGAGGAAUCCUGACCCUGAAGUAUCCCAUUGAGCAUGGCAUUAUCACCAACUGGGAUGACAUGGAGAAGAUCUGGCAUCAUACCUUCUACAAUGAGCUGCGUGUAGCCCCUGAGGAGCAUCCAGUGCUCUUGACUGAAGCUCCUCUGAAUCCCAAAGCCAACAGGGAGAAGAUGACCCAGAUCAUGUUUGAGACUUUUAACGUCCCUGCCAUGUAUGUGGCAAUCCAGGCAGUGCUGUCCCUGUAUGCUUCUGGCCGUACCACUGGUAUCGUGCUGGAUGCUGGUGAUGGUGUAACCCACAACGUGCCUGUAUAUGAAGGCUACGCUCUGCCCCAUGCCAUAAUGAGGCUGGAUCUGGCUGGCCGAGACCUGACUGACUACCUCAUGAAGAUCCUCACAGAGCGAGGCUACAGCUUCGUAACGACUGCCGAACGUGAGAUCGUGAGGGACAUUAAGGAGAAGCUUUGCUAUGUGGCUCUGGACUUUGAGAACGAGAUGGCCACUGCUGCCUCCUCCUCUUCUCUGGAGAAGUCAUACGAGCUGCCCGAUGGCCAAGUGAUCACCAUUGGCAACGAGCGUUUCCGCUGCCCAGAGACCCUCUUCCAGCCCUCCUUUAUUGGUAUGGAGUCUGCUGGUAUCCACGAGACCACAUACAAUGGCAUCAUGAAGUGUGACAUCGACAUCCGUAAAGACCUAUAUGCCAACAAUGUCCUCUCUGGAGGCACUACCAUGUACCCAGGUAUCGGUGACAGGAUGCAGAAGGAGAUCACAGCCUUGGCACCCAGCACCAUGAAGAUCAAGAUGAUUGCUCCCCCUGAGCGUAAAUACUCCGUCUGGAUCGGUGGCUCCAUCCUGGCCUCUCUCUCCACCUUCCAGCAGAUGUGGAUCAGCAAGGAUGAGUAUGAAGAGGCUGGACCCUCCAUCGUCCACCGAAAGUGCUUCUAAACGCACGCAUGCACACACACACACACAUACACACACACAAAAAAAUGUGUGCAUAUACACACACACCACUCAUGUUCCUCCUCAGUCCCUUGUGAGGAUCUGAAAAUACACUCCUGGCUCCUUUCUGUCAGAUGGCCUCCUUGAUGCACUUUGGUUCAAAGCAGUGCAGCCUGUAUUGUCCUGUUAUGUCUGAGUAGUCCUUUGCAGUAUGCCACUGACUGAAUCUGUGCCUGCUAUAUAUGGGAUUCAUUUUACGCUGAUAAGGCCAACAGUAAAUUAACUCAUCACUUGCUCAGAUUUAUUGGGUUUUGAUUCCAAAAGCAAUAAACGUUGGUACUUGUCCACAAA